UAAUAACAAUACUGUAUAUUGAUUAAUGGGUGUUAUUUUAGAGCGCAUGCGCUGUUGGUGAAGUUACACAGUUAUUAAUGCUAGGCUUCAACCUAUUUUUUAUUUAUUUUUUCAUACGGUUUAUAAAUGCUAAUAAUAAUCUGUCACUUUUAUAAACACUACACAGGCAGUGCACUUUACUGCUAUAUAACUGAGUGUGCUGGAGAGUGAAAAAGAGUGCAAAGGUUCGUAUGAGUGUAGCUUAUGACGCCGGAUGUUUCCACAGCAGCACUCCCCCAUCUGGUGUCAGCUGAUAGGCUUAUCAGUCAGAGAAAUACAGCAUCAUCAGGCUCUUUUAAAGGUUUCAUAACACAAGGUCAUAUUAGCACGUUACAGCUGAAACUCUAUUAUAUCUGUAAUAAAAAAUGAACUUUAGCUGACCAGCAUCCUGUAGGCCACAGGAUCUUUUGAUUUUAUCAGCAGUAUAAAGAAAAAGUAACUAUACCGCACUAUAGAUACACUCCAUAGUAGAGUAAAGGUCUACAUAAUUCAUCAUAAUUGUUUUAACUACUUUGUAUUCUGUUGUGAAUGACUGAAUUAAUAACAGUGCAUCAUGUUUUAUAAGCUGAUAAUAAUAUAGGGAUCUUCAAAGUGAGCUGAAUCUGAAAAAUAUAUGUGGUGGAAGAAUAGUCUAAAGCUGAAAGUAUUCCUAUGUUAAAGUUGUACAUAAGUACAGUAAUGUAGUACAUAGUCACUUUUCACCAUUGCUAAUUAUUUUAUAAACAAUACAGUUAUUAAAAUAAUAUGAAGUGAACUAGUUCGUACUUCUCUAUUCCAUAAUCUCAGUUCACAAUACAUCUAAAAUAUCCAUCACUAUCUCUCCAAAAGUAUUUAAUUUCUCAUUUUUAUUAACACAUAUUUUUGACUACUUUAUAUUUAGAUUAAUAAUCUGUAAAUAUUUCAUGGAUUAGGGCCUAUAAAGUCUACUUAUUGUUUGUAACCAUUUGUCAAAGCCAAGCCAUGAAGCAUGAUUCCCAAGUAGAUUUAAAUAAUCUUUUUUUUAAAAAUGGGAUUAGUGUAUUUUCCACCACCCGCUUUUGUUGUGCAAUGCUUUGCCUGGUGGUUCCACCGGUAUGACCUGAUUGUAAUGUGGCAAAAUGUUAAGGAGAUGGACGCGGGCAGGUCCCAAGGUGCUGUUAGAGUAAACUAGAUUAUUAUUGUCUAAUUGUUCCCAGAUUCUGAUUAUUUAUUGUGUUUUGGGCUCAGUCAUUGUGACUUUAUGUCGGGGUGAGAUUUAGGAGGUUAUGUGUGCUGCAAAUAAUGUUAAUUCACUGAUGUAACUCAUUCUGAUAUUAAGCUCAUUGCAUAAUGAGUUCAUGUAUUACUUCAGACUGUUGCACUUUGCCUUGUGCACAUGAAGCUCAAUCCCCCAUGGCCUUAAUCUUUGUUUUUAUAAGGACUCAACUCCCCUCAUGACUCUGUGAUAAUGUUGCAGACUGUGGACCAAAGUACACGUGCAUUUCUGAUUUUUAGUCAUCAGCAGAGAGGGACCUAUUGGAGAAUCACAGCUUGUCAAUUUUGUUAAUGAUCACCCGCUCCCUUUACAUGAGGACAGUGGAACGUGAGCUCUCUCAGUAAGUGGGACCGUGGUCUGGCAGUGAGCGUGUAGCUGAAGACACAGAUUUGAUCGUUGUCUGCCUUCAGAGGACCUUACUGAAGGGCAGUUAUGCGCCUGAUAGGGUCCGCUGUGCUUUUCUCUGUCCUGCUGCAGGCUAUGUCUGCUCCGACAGAGGACUGGGAGAGGGCCACGUCUAUUUAUGACUUCUCAGCGACAGAUAUUGAUGGCAAUGUGGUUUCCCUAGAAAAAUACAGGGGGAAUGUUGUUAUCAUCACCAACGUUGCCUCUAAAUGAGGUAAAACCCCAGUGAACUAUUCUCAGCUUACGCAGAUGCACGCCAAGUACGCUGAGAGAGGUUUACGUGUCCUUGCCUUCCCUUCUAACCAGUUUGGUAACCAGGAGCCCGGCAAUGAAACUCAGAUCAGGCAGUUUGCCAACUCCUACAAUGCUCAGUUUGACUUGUUCAGUAAGAUUGACGUGAACGGGGCCAACGCUCACCCCUUGUGGAAGUGGCUGAAAGAGCAGCCCAACGGGAGAGGCUUCAUGGGGAACAGCAUCAAGUGGAAUUUCACCAAGUUUUUGAUCAACAGAGAGGGUCAGGUGGUGAAGAGAUAUGGACCCCUGGAUGAUCCAAGUGUGGUGGAGAAAGAUCUUCCUCGUUACCUGUAACAGUAACCUGCAACACCAAAUGGGUGAUUGAUGCCACACAAACUAAUACUCCGUCCAUUUUGCCCUUUAAUCUCUUUUCUCUGCCUCUCCAAGCACCAGUGGAUAUUGUUUGGGUCCACCCCAGACUAGUGACGGUCUGUUCGUAAACCCGCAUGGCGGACAGAGCAGACCUGAUGAAAGUGGCGUGCAAACCUCCUGGGCGUACCAAGCUUGUAUUCAUUUGGUUCUCUGGAGAGAAGGAGAAAAAGAUCUUAAAUGCAUCAUUAGCUCUUUCAGUAGAUUAAUGUGUGGCAUUGUUUUCAUAAUAAAAUGUUCUAACGAUA